ACAGUUCUCAACGCAUGUGAACACAAAUUCAAAACAAACUCAAGGAAAAGAUUUUUGUUCGAAGCUGUUUCUCAUAAAAACUAAAAAAUUAACAUAAAACUUCUACAAAUAGUGCAUUUAUACAGAAGAUCUAUUGAAUUACUAUGAGUACGUUAGUAAUAAAUAACGUGUCUGCUUUGUUCCGACGAUGCUGCACCGUUCAAUCCGUCACAGUACGACAUUAUGCAACACCGAAGCCCGGCGGGGCUCUCGGUUCCAAGAAGAAAAAACUUGGAAAAUUGGGCCCAGUAGUCGAGAAGAAGGAAAUUCCCGUCGAGACGGAUGCCAAAAAGCUGGUUAGUUAUGUGUGUGGCAGUAAUUUGCUCAAAACCGGCGAAGACAUCAAACUGAAACCGGACUCGGAAUAUCCGGACUGGCUGUGGAGUUUACACGUCGGGAAGCCACUGACCCUGGAGGAAAUGGAUCCCGAGACCAAAGAGUACUGGCGAAAGCUUCGGCGGAUGGCACUGCAGCGAAACAACAAACUGGCCAAGCUGAAAAAGUUCUGAGGUGAGUUUAGGAACUGUUUCUUAUUCGUUAAAAACCAUGAUUUAUUGUAGAAAUAUUACUAUUUGUAUGCGAGGUA